UCAAUCGAGGACCUCACCAGUAUUUUCACCGAUGGUGAGCGGGCGCUUUGCGUGGCUAUUCACUACCUACCUAUUGCUAUUGCUAUUGCUAUUGCUAUUGCUAUUGCUAUUGCUAUUGCUAUUGCUAUUGCUAUUGCUAUUGCUAGCGAUGGCAAUGGCAAUAGACAGUGACAGCAAGAGUGAUGGACAGCGACGGCAAGAGCGAUGGAUACCCUGUCAACAAGCAGCUGGGGUAAAGCUGCAAUGGAGUACUUAGACCUCCUGACGCUGCAUUACAGUGCGAUCAUGAAUUUCAAUCGCACAACAUCCACGAAAAGCGAGCAGGCCCCAGACAGGCAUCUGCUAUCAUCACAAAGGCCAACUUCCGCACAGUCGAGGUGCUACCAACAUACCAGGACCGGUCCAUGCCGUCUGUCCGGUCGUUGUUGUCCAACUUUAGGUUGUCCAGCGGGAAAAUGCUUGCCAAGAACGAACUAGACUGCAUCCUGGCUUGGAUUGCGCAAAAGUCUGAUAAGCUUGAUUUUACCUCGUUCGCCGGAACCUACCACUGCGAGACCGUCAUGUUUUCCCUCCAGCUCCUAGCACGAGACCGGGUCAACAUGACCACAACCAGCGCGGCAGAGAGAGGAGUCCUCCUCCCCGACAAGGAGGUUGUCAACGAGUUUGUGAAGGACAUCACCAUCCUGCCAGUGACCAAGCGCUGCUGCCCAGCCUGCCACAUACUCCUCAAUUACGUCUCAGAUCUGACUCUCAAGGCUAUAAGGUACCCUGGCAGUCAUCCGCACUGGUCGAGCUGCUCGCUGCCUCCCUGGAUUACCAAGGAUGCCGGCGAGCACAUGCUUAGACAAGCUAGCGAUGUGCUGCAACAUCGUCUGAUGCGUAUUCCUGAACUUGUCAGGAAGGAGCAGAGUUAGGGUUCGAACUCUUCCAAUAACGAGAGUCCCCGGACCUCAAAUCACGACGAGUCUAAGGCAUAUGAUGAUAGCGUGGAAGGGGAUGGUUUCGAAUAAGGAGUUA